CCUGCUCCAAAAUUUCUUGGCUCAGCCAGGAAUUUUUUUUUCCAGCCUGCAUGGACAGAGCAACCUUUGCCUGUUCCACUGCUUUUUUCCGGGAUUUUGGGAAUUCUGCUCCAAGUUCUCUUCCCGGGGGCCACGUGGAUUUUAUUGACAAAGUUGAUUCCUUCACUUAUUCGGAUUUUUUUCGGGAUUAUCUCAUUCCCAACCAUCCCUGCAUUUUCUCAGCCAAAUUCACUGAGGAUUGGGGCAGCAGGAAAACUUGGGUGACGUGGGAUGGGAAACCCAACUUUGAGCAUCUCCUGCAAAAAUUUGGAGAAGCUGUGGUGCCUGUUGCCAACUGUGAUGUCAAGGAAUACAAUUCCAACCCCAAGGAGCAGCUGCCCUUCAAGGAAUUUGUGGAAUAUUGGAGGGAAUACAUCAGGAAUGGCCAUCGCUCCCCCCGUGGCUGCCUCUACCUCAAGGACUGGCACCUGAGCAGAGCUUUCCCAGAGGAGGAUGUUUACACCACUCCAGUGUAUUUUUCCUCGGAUUGGCUCAAUGAAUAUUGGGAUGCCGUGGCCGUGGAUGAUUUUCGCUUCGUCUACAUGGGACCCAAGGGAUCCUGGACUCCUUUCCACGCCGACGUUUUCCGCUCUUACAGCUGGUCAGCCAACGUGUGUGGCAGGAAAAAAUGGCUCCUGUACCCUGCAGGACAGGAGGAAUUCCUGAAGGAUUGCCACGGGAAUCUCCCCUUUGAUGUGACAGCUGCUGAUCUUGGGGAUAAAAGGAUUUAUCCACGCUACAGCCAGAGCCAGGCCCCGCUGGAAAUUGUCCAGGAAGCCGGAGAGAUCGUCUUCAUUCCCAGCGGCUGGCACCACCAGGUUUAUAACCUGGAAGACACCAUUUCCAUCAACCACAACUGGGUGAACGGCUGCAACGUGGCCGUCAUGUGGUGCUUCCUGCAGGAUGAGCUGGCGGCCGUGCAGCGGGAAAUCAGCCAAUGGAAACUUCCCAUGGAUGACUGGCACCUCCAAUGCCAGCUGAUCAUGAAAUCCUGCACGGGCAUCGACUACAAGGAAUUCUACAACUUCCUCAAAGUCAUCGCGGAAAACCGAAUUUCCAUCUUGGAGAAGGGCCUGGAUGAGGAGGAAUCCUCAUCCCACAACAAUUCCAAAGCUGCCAUCUCCACCUUGGGAAUGCUGCACGCCGUCUUCGACCUCAAGAGGACGGUGAAGGUGCUGAGCUCGUUAAGCGCUAACGAGGAUUUCCGGAAGCUGGAUCUGAAUUCCCUCUCUCCUUCUCCGGAGGCUCUGCUCCAGCACCUGGAAUCGGCCAUCGACACGGCCCUGCUCUGAAUUCCUGAUUUCCCAAGCUUUUAUCCAAAAGGAGUUUGGAGGAAAUGGGAUUUGGACAAGAGCUCUAGUCCAGCAGGAGGAGGGAGAACGUUCCCAAAGUUCUGAGCGGUUUGGAGGAAUUAGGGGAAAAACA